UGAUGGAAUUGGAUAAUGGACGAUCUACAGAUUACGCGGCUAAGUGGAUCUAAACGGUUUGAAUCCGUGCUUCGGAGUCCAAUCCGACACGAGGAACCACCGUCACGUGGUCGUUCACGUUUUCUGUGCUCCCUGUUAUACUUUUCGUGCCUUUUUUCUUUUUCGUUUCUUUCUGUCAUCGUUAGCCUCGUUCGGUCGAGAAGAGGAUUAAACCUAGGGGACAGUUCGCGAACGACCGCGUACCUACGCGGUCCUUUCGUUUCGCAAGAGGAAAUCUUUCGUAUACGGUCCACGGUAUCAAGGUCAAACAACGGUGAUAACUCGGAUCAAAGUAGUCUUAGACGACGACAAUUCGGGAUUCUUAGAAUAGCUACGGUCAGAUCGUUUCCUACCGUAUGCAAGAAAACUAUGAGGUGGAUAGCAUCAAUUGCGGGACUUUUCCUUAUUCUGGCACUGCCACAGAAUACCGAAGCUUUCCCUCGUUCGCAAUGGAAGCGAACUAUAGGCCCACACCGUCUACUCUUCUACAAUCUGCGUGAAGGCACGUUACUGAAGACCCCGACUAGCUAUCACCUGGAACUUGAACCUUUUAUCGGAGACAACAAAUACAAUGGUCGUGUCAAGGUAAACGUCACUUGGAUGGAUAAGAGCAACGUAAUUGCUUUACACGUUCAACCGGACCUUACGAUCACAGAUUGCAAUGUUAGAAUCGUAGAACCGUCGCUAGAGGAGAGGGAGAAGGGCUUGCCUCUGAUGGACGUACGCGUCACGCAUGUCGAACCGCCUGACUCAAGGGAACCUUUCUUCGUCUUCCACCUCGAGCGGAUGUUGGAGGCAGGCAGCAGUUGCGAAGUGUCUAUGAGUUUUACUGGUAGCCUCGCCACCAAUGAAACAACUGGUUUCUUCAAACGCGAAUACGUUAACUUCAACGGGGAGAAACAUCCCAUCGUGGCUAUGAAUUUCAAGGACAGCCAUGUUCGGAGGGUGUUUCCGUGUAUGGACGAGCCUUUUUACAAAGCAACCUUCAAGCUAAGCGUCCUGCGCCCGAAGAAUAUGACAGCACUUUCGAGCACCCCUCUAGAAAAAAGUACCGAGGCUAACGGGAUGCCAGACUUGAUCUGGGAUCACUUUGAAAAGACACCGCAAUUGUCGACUUAUCAGUUGGGUUUAUUGGUAUCCGAUUUCGUGAGUAUCUCGCCCACAAAAGAAAUGAACGAAAUGAACGGAAGAAAACUCGAGAUUAAGGUGUGGGGCCCGAAGGAAAAUUUGGAAGCCUUGAAGGACGUGCCUGACAAAGUUGUCAAAAUUAUGAAUUAUUUACAAGAAUACUUCAACAACUCGAUCAUCUCACCGAAACUCGACUUGGUGGCCGUCCCAUCGUACGGCUCCGCUAGAUCCGACAGUUGGGGUUUGAUGCUAUUCGAGGAUAGCGAAUUAAGCAGACCUUCCCUAUGGAACACAGCCUACGAACUGAUUUAUCAGUGGAUCGGUCAAUACACCACUACGUCCAUGUGGAGAGAUAACCGUGUUAAAAAAGCACUCAACUCGUUCUUAGCUUCGAUGACGACGGUUGAUAUCAACCCAGACGAAAUGGAAGGAAAGUGGCCGAUGACAAUGUUGUAUUCUCUUUAUUACGAAUUUGGAAAAACUAUGCCUUUCUCGAGAGUUGCGGGAAUUCGAAACGAAGCUACAUCGGCAAAAAUGGAACUGGUAUUGCGGAUGUUCAACUACACUCUCGGCAAGGAACUGUUCCAAGAGGGCGUUAGAAAUUUCCUUGGACAUGAACCGAAAGAAAAUCCACGGCUGGACUUUGCGGAUGACUUCUACAGCAUAUUAAACGAUGUCGCGAAUAAAACGGACAAUUUACCAGCGGGAAUGACGAUCGACAGCAUCGCGGGACCAUGGAUCAAUCGAGAUAGAGUGCCUUUGGUCACGGCCAUUCGCGAUUAUGAAACUAAAACGAUUAUACUUAACCAGAAAGUCUACCUCAGAGAAGCUCCGCCAGCCUCCACUGCUAGAGUUUCCUAUCAGUGGGACAUACCAAUAGUCAUGAUGUCGCAAGACAAAUUAGAAUUUCACAAGCCGUGUCCUUUAUGGUUGACAAAGGCAGAUGAACCGAAAAAUUUCACUAUCCCGGACAUCGCCGACGAAAAUAAUUUUAUCAUCGUGAAUCCUGAGGAAAUAGGAAUAUUCCCGGUGAACUACGAUUCUUGCAAUUGGGAAAUGCUAUCGCAAUUUUUGCAAGGUCCCAAUCGUGAAAAGAUUCCCGUGCUAACGAGAGCGAAACUCUUGCACGACUCGUGGAAUUUAGCGUACGCUGGAGAGCUCUGCUUUGAAAUCGCAUUGGACAUGACACUCUUCUUGAAAAAGGAAAGGAGCCACGUGGUUUGGGAACCCAUGUUCAUGAUGAUCGAUCAUAUUGGAAGACGUAUCGAGGGAUCCGAUGUUUAUCCUAAAUUUGAGGCGUAUAUUCGCAGCUUACUAGAGCCUUUAUGUGCGGAACUUGAAGAAACCAUGCAACCUACCGAACCAUCUUGGAAAACUCACAUGCGUGGUUUAACUAAAAACUUCCUCUGUCGUGCUGGUUACGAACCAUGCGUUGCCGAAGCAAGAAAUCGAUACAAGAAAUGGCUAACCGACGAGGAUCCGGAUAAAGGAAAUCCAGUAGCCAAUGAAGUUCUUUGUCCGGUGUUCAAAUGGGGUACCGACGCAGAGUGGGAAUUUGGACUUCAGCGUGUAAUAAACUUUCCACAGAAUAGUCCAGAGAGGAAACAAAAUGAACGCACGUAUCUAUUAAAAUCCCUAGCUGGUUGUCCUCAAGAUACCAAUAAAAUUGAAAGAUUGUUGAACGUGACGAUAUUGGACCAAAAUGGGAACUUUACGGACUCUGACAUUCAGUUGAUCUUCACUAUGUUAACCGGUGGGACGGCUGGGUACACGACUCUCUUCAAUUUCUUGAACGACCAUUGGGACACUGUAAAAGAGAGAUUUAAGACCAAGAAGCAUCUCUGGGAUGGCAUAAUAAAUUCGGCAACGUCCUCGUUCAACACUCAAGAAGGUUUAGACAUGGUUAACGAUUUGUACAUGGACCGCAACGAGGAAUUCGACACGGCCAAGCAUAUUAUUCAAGACGCUCUCAUAAUCAUCAAGGAAGAAACAAAAUGGAGCGAAAAGAAUCUUCCGGUGAUCGAUGAUUGGCUCACUAAAAAUUUGCCGGAAGAAGAAUUACUAAAAAUUUGCUCAAAGAAUAAGCUAAAUCCUGGAACAAAUCCACCACCACCGCAAUGAUUUUUAUUGUAAGAUAAAAAAGAAUCGUUCGAUUUAAUUUGGAAAAUGGAUACAAAACACGAACAACGUAGAUAGACAAAAUAAUUUACAAAUUUCCGAAGCGUUUUUUUUUUAAGUUAUAUUCCGUAAUGAGUUUCCAAUGGUUGGGGUUUUAGGUACACGAAUAAUUUUCAGUUUAUUGUCAGGAUCGUUAUUAAAAAUCCGAGUUAACAUU